AGGAAAUGAGUUUUCUUCUUCUUCUACAGUCUGUCUAAGACAAAAUAAACAAAACUGCUCCGUCCUCAGUAUCUGCCUUCCAACAUGAAAGCCACCCAGGUCCUCCUGAUAUUAUUCUUCAUCCAAGGAGAUGUCUACAGUGAAGAAGAUGAGCCCUACUGUACAGAGCAACCUGACUCCAUAUCGGUAGAUGUGGGGGGAUCGGUGACCAUCCCUUGUCACUUCUCCUAUCCUAAGAAUUAUAAUCCAGCAAAGGUGAAAGUGUACUGGAGACAUGCAACAGGAGGUAGAUGUGGAAAUAAUGACAUCAUUUACAAUCACACUGAGAAGAGGACAAAAGCAGACUAUAGAGGACGGAUCACUAUGGAGGGAAACCCAGAGCUGGAGAGAACAGCAACAAUCAGAAUCAAGGAACUGAAGGAAACGGAUGGACCCAUGUUCUGCUGUAGGAUCUCACUUUACUAUAAUGGGCAACAAAAGGAAGAGUGGCAGAAUAUAUAUGGGACCUAUAUAAGGUUCAAAGGCCAGUUUUAUGUAGAACAGCCGGAUGUUGUCCCUGCUGUGAUUGGAGAAGAUAUCUCCAUACCGUGUGCUCUUCAUAAUAAAUUAUCUGGUGCUAUAGAGGAGAUUACCUGGAGGGUAGGAACAAGUGAUCUGUGUUUUGAAAAUGAUGAAUUUUUAAGAUGGAAUACAGAAAAUAUAACACAAAGGAUUGGACAAUGGAGAUUAGAGAAAUUGGAGAAGAGCUUCCUAUUACACAUAAAUAAUGUUAAACAUUCUGACAUUCAGCAAUACUGCUGUGAGGUGAAGACAAUAACAAGAUCAGAUGGACGGUCAUCUACACACGGCACCCAGCUAGUGAUAGCAGAUUCUACUCAGAAUGAUUCCGAGUUCACAGUCACUCAGUCUGAGAUAAUAUCAGCCAAUGAAGGAGAAUCUGUCACCAUCAACUGCUCAUACACCAUCCCACCAGAGCGAAACCUUCUGUGGAGUGGAGUUUUCUGGAGAGUGGGCAGCCCAACAGGACCCUUCGCCUAUCACCCCUCUGAUCUGAUGGUUCAUCCCAAUUACAGAGGAAGAACUCAACUGAGUGGAUUGGCUGACCUCCAAAUAAAGAAAACCCAAAAUCCAGAUACCGCCACCUAUUACUGCUUUGUGAUGCUGAAAUUUUGUAUUGGAUCCAACAAGACCAACUCAGCGCUGAAAUACGGGAGCGGGACGCAAUUAGAUAUAGAUGUAAAAAGCCAGACCUCCACAGGUGUCCCUACACGCACCACAGAAACUUCCACGAGCAGCACUGCCUCUGACCUGCAGAUGCUACCAGCGAUUCUUGCUGGAGUAGGGGGCUUGCUCGUUUUGAUUAUUUUGUGUGUCAUAUUGAUUGUCCUGAAGAAGAGAGGUGUAAUUUGUAAAAAGAAAGAGAGAGUAAAGUUUUUACCUUCACCUGUGAACCCUGCAUCAAGGGCCCCGAGCAAUGAUAAUAACGGUAGGGGGAGAGUAUAG